AUGGGUAAAAAACAGCUACCAGCUACUACUUUUGAUUUAUCCAAGCUGUCAAACCCAACUGUGAAGGAGGGUAAACCAGCAGUAGUUAUUCCAGAUGAUUUCUAUAAUGAGGGUUGCGAACUCUGGAAGUUCAGCCUCAUAGGACGUUUAGAUUUGAAGGGGAUUACCUUUCAAGACGUGAAAAACAGCUUUGAACAACAAUGGCAGUUAGAGCAAGGUCGUGUACAAUUUGUUCCCAUGAAUAGAGGUUUCUUUAUUAUCAAGUUGCAAUCUCAUAAAGACAAAGAUAAGUUACUCAACGUUGAAGCCUGGUCUUUUUAUCAACUAAAACUCAAUCUCAUGGAAUGGUUUCCAGGGUUUGAUGCUGAUAAACAUAAAAAUUCACAUGCUACUGUAUGGGUGAAGUUUCCUAGUUUUCCUAUGGAGUUUUGGAUUGAGAAGACCCUGUUGGCGUUAGGUAAAACACUUGGUACUCCCAUUGUGGUGGAUCAGCGCACUCUUGCUCAUGAAUAUGGCCAUUUCGCUUCAGUUUUGAUAGAUAUCAAUUUUGCUGAAUUAAACACUGAUGUUAUUCAUGUUACGGUUGGGGGUUUGGAUUUCUGGAAGAAUUUUGAAAUCCAAAAGAAACCUAAAUUAUGUUGUAAGUGCAAGCUAAUAGGGCACUCUGAUUCGGAGUGUCGUAAGAAAACUAAGAACAAUGCUAACAACUUGCAAUCUCAGAUUUCUUCUCAAUGUCAAAAACCGCAGGGGAAUAAUGCUACUAAUGAGAGUGGUAAUGCUGCUAAUGGUGGCAGUGAAUGGUAA